AUGGCCUCCUCCUCUGGGGUAGGGUCGUAUUCGAACCCGCUAAAGAAGUUCAAGUUGGUAUUCUUGGGUGAACAAAGCGUUGGAAAAACAUCCCUUAUCACCCGAUUCAUGUACGACUCCUUCGACAACACAUACCAGGCCACCAUCGGUAUCGAUUUCUUGUCCAAGACUAUGUACCUUGAAGACCGAACUGUGCGCCUUCAACUUUGGGAUACCGCCGGCCAAGAACGUUUCCGCUCCCUGAUUCCUUCCUAUAUCCGAGACUCCAGUGUCGCCGUGGUCGUCUACGAUAUUUCGAAUGCCAAAUCCUUCCAAAACACUCGCAAAUGGAUCGAUGAUGUGCGCGGAGAGCGUGGAAAUGAUGUGAUCAUCGUUCUUGUGGGCAACAAAACCGAUUUAAAUGAUAAGCGCGAAGUCACAACCGCGCAAGGUGAGGAGGAAGCGAAGAAGAACGGCCUGAUGUUCAUCGAGACCAGUGCCAAGGUCGGACACAAUGUGAAGCAACUAUUCAGGCGGAUUGCCCAGGCGUUGCCAGGUAUGGAGGGUGAAGCCAAACAGGGCGAGAGCCAGAUGAUCGACGUCAACAUCCACCCGAAGGAGACCACCACCAACGACGGCUGUGCCUGUUAA